CACUUCUCUUGGAAAACAUCAAUCCAAAAAGCUAAAACCAAAUCAACAUGUUCAAAUUUACCGUUGUUAUCUUCGCUGUUAUCGCUUGCGCUGUUGCCAAACCAGCACCAGGAUUACUUCAUGCACCACUCGCAUACUCCGCUCCAUUGGUUGCUGCUGCUCCAGGAGUUGUUACUGCCACCAGUAGCCAAGUGAUCGCAAGGAAUUAUAAUGGAAUUGCAACUGCACCUGUUUACGCUGCAGCUCCAGUAGCCAAAUAUGUUGCAGCUCCAGUUGCUGCUCCUCUAGCUGCUGCUCCACUUCCUUUUGCUGGUGCACCAUUGGCUGCUAAGUAUGUAGCUUCGCCAUAUGCUUCUCCCUUGGCUUACUCAGCUCCAUUGGCUGCUGCUCCUUUGGGAUAUGCUGCUUCAUACGGAUAUGCGUCUCCUUUGAGCUACGCAUCAGCUCCACUUCUGUUCUAA